GACACACGUCUGUUAUUGUUUAAAAUUCAAUAACGAUCCCAUUUCACUUUUUAAAAGCCUUUUAAAUUCGAAAAGAAAGACGGACAUACAAAAAAACAUUGAGACGGUUCAACCGACGGGCAGCUAGCUAAAAGAACGAAAUAAAAGAUAUAAUAUAAAACAUUAAAGUGCAUGAAUGCAAGCAGUGGAGCAGUAACUUACUCUGUUGGGCCAAUUUACGCAAACUAAAGGGCAUGGCAGUUUAAUGAUACAAAAUCGAAGGUGUCUCGUGAUAACUAUUCUAGUCGACGAACACGGUUUUUUUCUUCUAGUCUGAUUACGUGCUUGAUUCGGGUGAUCCAUUUUUGUUUUUUGCUGGAUUUGUUUAAAGUGAUCAUGGAAACAAAACUAACAAGAAAAUUAUUCUGAUACGGAAAAAAUCGGAGAUGUUUAAAUUUUUGAUAAUUCUAGUCUAUCUAGUGGUGCCAACAUGGUGUGCCUGCACACUUCCUGUUGCCUGGGACGGUCAGUGGUGGGAUAGCGGAUCCUGGGACUUGACCUUUUCGCACUCUACCCAGACUCUGACGGGGUGGCGACUCCAGGUGUACUCCUCAGUCAUCACGGAUUGGACAUGUGUCAAUCAAAACUCCAGCAACUACCUGUUGUUCAGAGCAAACCAACAUAUGACUGUGUUCAGCGUUGACUACGUACCGUAUCGCUGCGUCAGAUAUGUCAAAAUAACAGAGAACUCAUACUACUAUUACAUACUAGCAGAUGAACAACGGGAGUCAAACAAUGUCCGAUUUGAUCCGAAGGCUGGAUCGCCAUCGGAAUCGAUUUUGGACCGUUGUCAACCUACCAGUGGACCUACUGCAGAGGAAUACCAUGUUUUGAUUAAAAAGGGUUAUGAGAGCAGUGUUAAGCAGUGGUGCCCCAUACCACUUCUCGGAACUUUCUCCUACACCCACGAUACUGGGAGUGUCACCACGUGUGGGGCAGGAUCAGAGGUCAGCGCAUGCCCAGACUGGACUGAUUUGAGAUUUAAUUAUUCACAGUGUUCAACUACUCAAGUGUUCUCGGUGUCUGGCAUAGUGCAAUGUGUGGCAACCAUAGAAUACAACAAUACAAUUUACACAGCAGUGUUCAACCCAGAAACCGUCACCGACACUGCAAACUAUGACAAGUUCACGUGUCUGGCCAUUUCCAAGGUUGGGGAGACGUUGUACAUUAGCGACGCCAAGGGAAGCUGUGUGAAAGGUCAGACUUCUACUGUUAAGACCAGCACGGGCAGCGGGACAUUGGUCCUAUCCACCUACAGUCGAUGUUACGGGGGAUGUAAUUUUCCCGAGGAAUGGGACUCAGGAUGGUACGACAGCGGCCAUUGGGACAUAACUCUGGACAGAAAUAACAGUGCCGUGACGUCAGGCUGGUCCAUUCCUGUGUUUGGGACGAACAUUGACUCAUGGACUUGCUUCGCCGAAAACUCGUCGUCAAACUACUUCCUGUUUAAGGGGGAUCAGAUACCCAUGCCCUCUGGUGUCCGUCAGAACGUCUUCCGGUGUGUUAAAUGGCAGAUGUCCACCAAGUAUUCUUACAGCUACUACAUAUUGGCAGGCACAGAAUCUAAUGCAACAAACUCAAGGGUGUUCAUUGAAGCACAUGACGUCAAUGUGACGUCAUGGACCACAGAUACCUAUUGCAACGAAACAGUUGCUCCACCGGUGGAAGAGUUCCAAAUGAUUGUAAAGAAAGGACACGAAGCAGACGCCAAACACUGGUGUCCCGUAAUGUUGCUGAGUAACUUCACCUACAGCCAUAACGACGGCAGCGCCACGAACUGCGGGCCGUCCAACUCUGACCUUGCCGUGUGUCCUUCGUGGACCACCAUGACAUUUAACUACGCAUCCUGUAGCACGGUUCAAGGCUUUUCAGCUGAAGGAGUGCUGUAUUGUCUGAAGUAUGUGUUAAGCGGGUCUACUAUAUUCCUCUCCGUUUUGAAUCCAGGUGUAGUGGACAACAUAUCCACACACCGAUUUACCUGCUAUGCGCUAACAGAAAAUGGGAAUACCGUUUAUAUGAGUGACAGUAAAGGAAGCUGUGAGGCAGGACAGACCCCCACCACCAAGUCUUCUGAUGGCAGCGGCACCCUGCAGCUAGCGUCCACAGAACGAUGUUGUAAGACACUGUCUUUUCUGAUUUCAUAUGUUGCAUUGUUGUGGAUUAUUUAUUCAUUUUAUUUUCACCACGAGCUGCUUGCAUAUACAUCACAUGUGUGGAGUCUGUAUCUGUUCAGUUUGUAAACAGUCAUCGGUUGUUGUGAAAU